CCGGGGGCUGCUCCAUCUCCUGCAUCUGUCCCUAUAGAUGUGUCACUUCACCUGUGCAGGAUCUAUUUCUCACGAACCAUCUUCUGCGGUAUGAUCUGAACCCAGCGGCUCAUUCAUAGCUCUCCUCUCGCCGCUCGGAUUCCGUCUCCUCUCUCUCUCUCUCGCUUUUUUUUUUGGGCGAUUUUUUUAUUUGUGGCGGAGGGGGGGAGAAAAAAAAAUAUCAUCUGUAACCUCCAGGAUGAUCUUUGCAAACACGGGCAACCCGCUGAAGACAGCCACUCGCAAGCAGUCGUACCCCAUGACUCCGUCCAGUCCCGGCAGCAGCAGCAACAGCAGCAGCACAGGCCUGGAGCAGCUCAGCAAAACCAACCUGUACAUCCGCGGCCUGCCUCCCGCCACCACAGACCUGGACCUGGUCAAACUCUGUCACCAGUAUGGAAAGAUUCAGUCAGCAAAGGCAAUCCUGGACAAGACAACCAACAAAUGUAAAGGUUACGGCUUUGUGGACUUUGACAGCCCAGGAGCUGCUUUGAAGGCUGUGCAUGCUCUGAAAACCAGUGGCAUACAGGCCCAGAUGGCCAAGCAACAGGAGCAGGACCCAACAAAUCUGUACAUUUCCAACUUGCCUCUCUCUGUGGACGAGAAGGAGUUGGAGAACAUGCUGCAGCCGUUUGGCCAGGUCGUCUCCACGCGGAUCCUCCGAGACUACAGCGGCAACAGCCGAGGCGUGGGCUUCGCCAGGAUGGACACAACGGAGCAGUGUAACGCAGUCAUCUCCCACUUUAAUGGGAAAUUUAUCAAGAUAGCUUCUGGAGGUCUGGCUCCACCUCAGCCGUUGCUGUGUAAGUUUGCCGACAGUCAGAGGAAGAAACACGCUCACAGCGGAUUCGCUCCCAACGGACAGACGGGGGAUUUCAGACUAGGUGCAAUGACUCUCACCUAUGACCCCUCCUCAGCAGCUAUACAGAAUGGGUACUAUCCUUCUCCGUAUCCAGUGACCAACAGGAUAAUGACUGUUCAGCCUGCGAUGUCCCCCUACAUGUCUCCGGUCUCUGCUUACCAGGUACAGAGUCAUUCUUGGGUGGCGGCUCAUCAACCAUACAUCAUGCAACACCCGGGUUCUGUGAUGUCUCCCUCUGUGGAUCCCUCCAUGUCACUGCACCCCUCAGCCAUGAUUAGUCAGCAGAUGGGACAGCUGUCGUUGGGAAACACUGGAGCGUACAUUGCUGCCAACCCUAAUGUCCAGGGAGCGUACAUGCCUCAGUAUCCUGCCCUGCAGGCACCACCUGAAAAUGGCACGCCACAGCAAGUGGACUCUUCCAACAACUCAUCUCCUUACAGUCAACUCAGCAAGUAAUCACAGGCUGUUUUUCUCCACUCUGUGAGCCAGACGGCAGGUGAGAAGUUGCUGAUGACAUCACAGUGAAAGCAGUCACCGCCUUCUCUGAUUGGACCAGACACGUGAACUUUUUUUGCACAGCCCCAACGUUUGUGGUGGAAAUGAGGACAGUGUAAAUGGACUCAAACAGUCGGCUGGUCACAGAAAAAAAAAAAAAAAAAAAAAAAUAA